UGUUUGUUGGCACAAGCGUUGACUUUAUAAGCAACGGAGGUCCUUGUACAUGUCUAACUAUCUCCUCCCUGUUUUCUCCACCCCCUCCUCUUUCUCACCGCUGACUACGAGGGAAUUUAAGAGGGUAGCUUGAGGUGAGCCUGCAGGUACACGGGGAGCGUCCGAACAGAUCACAUCACAACCAUGCAGGCUCUUUUUCUGUUUUGCAUGUUCUUUGGAGCUUUAUCUGUGGAAGGAGAAGUCCUGAAUGAACUGAGUUCACUCACCACAUUUUCAUCUGAGACAGAUGUUUCAUCCUCGCAGCAUCAACCGGUGGAUUCUUCAUCCACACCAAAUGAAAAGAGAACCAGCAAAGCACAAAGAACAAAGCAAGUAAGCGACACUGCCAAAGGUACACAGUCAGCAAGGGGGCGAACCGAGGCUGUGUGGGUGGAGCUCAAUGCUGUGUUGGAGAGAUGGGGCGGAGCCACAGGGAAACUCGAUGCAAUCUUGAGGCAACUCAAAGAGGAGAAGAAACACCUCUUGGACAAAGGGAAAGAACAGAAAGCAAAGAGAAAAGAAGAGGAUGAGGAUGAAGAAGAAGAUGAUGAUGAUGAUGAUGAGGAGGACGAGGAAGAAGAAGAUGAUGAUGAUGAUGAUGAUGAUGAUGAUGAGGAAGUGAAAAAAGAGAAGGAGGAGGUGGGGAGAAAGGAAGAAGAGGCAGGCGAAGAGGAGAAUGAUGCACCUAACAGGACUUCGAGCCAAGACUCGUUACCAGAAGGCUGCAAACUGGCAGGAAGUCGAAUAUCUUGCAAGCAAAUUGGCUUUUCCCACCUGCCAGUCAUCACAAACCAGGAAGUCACCAUCCUUGAACUGCCUGGAAAUAACUUAACCAGAAUUACUCCCAGUGGUUUUUCUGAACUGCCAAAACUUGAAGAGCUUGACCUAAGUUUGAACAAGCUGGAAGACUCCUCUUUCGGCCAAAGACUUUUCAUGAAUCUGACAAAACUGAAGAGUCUGAAACUUGAUGACAAUGCACUUACAGCAAUUCCACGCCUGCCAUCUUCUUUGGAGGAUCUAAAGAUAAACAACAAUAAAAUAAACCAACUGGCUACACACAGCUUCAAAGGCCUGUCUAACUUAAAAGUCUUAGAACUGGCAGGAAACAUUCUCUAUGGGGGCAGCAUUGAACCCCUUGCUUUCAAACCUCUGAAGGCACUCAAGUUUUUACGACUGGAUAAAAACAGAUUCAGUGCUAUCCCAGCAGACUUGCCCCCAUCUAUAGAGGUCCUGAGGUUGCAGGACAAUCAAAUAGUGGAAGUGCAGGACAAGCUUUUGGAUAAGUGUGUCCACCUGAAGGUGUUAGAUCUCAGUCACAACCUCCUAAAAGAGAACAGCUUCUACCCUGAGGCCUGGAUCAACCUGCCGAAGCUGGAAACUCUUGACCUGUCCCAUAACCAGAUGGCAGUGGUCCCCUCAGAUCUGCCCAGGGCCUUGCGCAAACUCUCCCUACAGCACAAUCACAUUCACUACAUUCCUCCAUACUCAUUGAGUCACCUCCGCCCAGGCUUACAGUCCCUACGCCUCUCCCACAACCUGUUAGAAGAGCACGGUGUGCUGGGGAAGUCAUUUCGGGGUGUUUAUCAAUCUUUGGUGGAGUUACACUUGGACAACAACAGACUUGAGAGGGUGCCACACAAUAUGUGCCAUUUCAAGAACCUCAAGCUACUGCAUCUAGACCAUAACCGUAUAAGCUCUGUCCCGGUCAAAUCAAUCUGUAAGUUUAAGGGGACUGAGGAAUCUUCCCUGUCAACUGUCCAUUUAGAGUACAACUACAUCAAUGUGAAGAAAAUCCCUCGUGCUGCUUUCUCCUGCAUUCAGGAUUCCAGCGGGAUCAUACUGGAGCCCCAGAGACAAACACAGGGCUACUAAACUGCUACAGAAUCCUCACCCUGUCACUUCACUGCUUCUCCUGGCAGUCACUCUCAGAUUGAAUGGUAAACACCAUGUCCAUUAGAUCUAUUAACAGUGUGCAUGCCUUCUGUUGAAAAAAGUCAUGUUCAGCAACUAGCAUAAAAUACAUUAUUUAGAUUUUUCUUGUAAGCUAAUUAAUCCACAUAAAAAAAAAAAUCCCUUUUACAGUAUUCAUUUAAACUGGUGCAUCUGUAAUGAUUUUAUUAUUUUAUAAUUUUAUAUGUAUAAUUGUAUUAUUUUAAAUCUUCAUAUUCUAAUGUCACAUUAAAAUGGAGUCAUGUCUAAUA